UGGAGAUUUGUGAGACUUCCCAAACGGGAACGGCAUGACGGCAGCGGCAGGGGCCUCCGCUGCACUCCGCCUGUGCUACGGGGCUGGGCCGGGCGUUCCUUUCUCUGCCUCCGCGUCGUCGCUGUCCCCGUCCUCGGCCGCCGCCGCUUCGGGCUGGUCGUUCGGUCCUCGCGGAGUGGCUCGGAGGCUCGGCCCCUCCGUUGUCUUCCGCCCGCUCCUGCUCCCGGCGACGGGCUCCCGCGGCGGCGGCGGCGGCGGCUGCGCGGGCGGACGGCUGCCCAGGGGCUCCCGCGGCUGCCGCCGCGCUGCUGCGCUCGCUUGGGCUGCGGCUGCUGCUGUGGGGCCCGGCGCCGCCUUAGUCUUCGCCUAUGCCCCCGCCCCGGCGCCUGAAGGCUCUGUGUCUCCCAGGCCGCGCCGCUCCUCGAUCCCCGCGCCCCGCUCGCGGCCCGAGCCCGGCUUUGACGUGCGCACUGCGCAGCCGCCGAGGACGCGACGUCGGGCGGCGCCGCAACGCCCCCUUCCGCCUCGGGCGCCCCCGAGCGGCCGGCGGACUCAGGGCUCCGCAAGUAGGCGCGAGGCCCGAGCGGGAGGGGCCGCAGAGAAAAGCAGAAGCCAAGCCCCGCAGUUCCUCUUCCUCCGCCGCAGCUUCCAAGGCGGGGCUCAGCCCCUUCUCCUGCGCCUGAGCGCUCUUACUGCGGGAAUCGCACGCCCACUUUCGACGAUCACUUCCUCAACUCUUCAAGCUUAAUUCUGCGAGAGGCCGGGAUCCCACUUUGUGCAGACCGAUUCUUACUUUCUUGGAGCAGAUCACUUCAUUUUAGCAUCCAGGGGGACACAGCAUCCAGGCGGACAAGUGCCAGAACGUUCCAGAUUAAUGGGAAUAUUCCUAUUUAAAUCAGCAACCUGGAUUUAAAUCCUGCUCCACCAUUUGCUAUCUAUGGGCUGUUUCACGUCCCUGUGCCUGGAUUUCCUCACACAUUAAAAAAAAAAAAAGUGUGUAAUAAUAUAGUGGUACCAGCCACGGGCUUCUGAGGAUGAACGGGACAGUGCAUUGCAAAGCUCUGACAACGGAGCCUGGCACAUACAAAUGCCAUAUGUGUGUAUUUUUGUUUCUUUGUUUUUAAUGUGUAACUGAACUAUUUUUUUAAGCGCCUCCUGUACGCCAGGGAUGGGGCAGUGAGCGAAACAGUCCAUGCUCCUAGCACAAACAGUUGACAAAUAAUUGACUAAUAAA